AGGCCCCUGUCCGGCUAGGGAGGAGGGAAGGGGGAGGGAACUAGGGAGGAGGAGGAGGUUAGCCUAGGCAGCUACAGCGGCGGCGGCGCAGGGCUGGUACGCGCUGGGCGGCGAGAGCCUCAUGGCGGAGGAAGAGAGCGACCAAGAGGCCGAACGCCUCGGAGAAGAGCUCGUGGCCAUUGUGGAGUCCCCGCUGGGCCCUGUGGGGCUUAGAGCUGCGGGCGACGGCAGAGGCGGCGCUGGCAGCGGCAGCUGCGGCGCCGGCGUCGGGAUCAGCAGUCGGGAUUACUGCCGACGCUUCUGUCAGGUGGUUGAAGAUUACGCUGGAAGAUGGCAGGUCCCUUUGCCACAGCUUCAGGUUCUUCAGACUGCGCUUUGCUGUUUUACCACAGCCAGUGCGUCAUUCCCAGACGAAUGUGAACACGUACAAUAUGUUCUGAGUAGCCUUGCUGUGAGUUUCUUUGAGUUGCUGCUGUUCUUUGGAAGAGAUGAGUUUUAUGAAGAGCCCUUAAAGGAUAUUCUUGGAUCAUUCCAGGAAUGCCAGAAUCACCUCCGCAGAUAUGGAAAUGUGAAUCUGGAACUGGUGACUCGAAUCAUCAGAGAUGGUGGCCCAUGGGAAGAUCCAGUGUUGCAAGCUGUCCUUAAAGCUCAGCCAGCAUCUCAGGAGAUAGUGAACAAAUAUUUAAGUUCUGAAAAUCCACUGUUCUUUGAACUACGUGCCAGAUACCUAAUUGCUUGUGAACGCAUACCCGAAGCAAUGGCUCUUAUUAAAUCUUGUAUAAAUCACCCAGAAAUCAGUAAAGACUUAUACUUCCAUCAAGCACUCUUCACAUGUCUGUUUAUGUCACCUGUAGAAGAUCAGCUAUUCCGGGAGCAUUUAUUGAAAACUGAUUGUAAGAGUGGAAUUGAUAUCAUCUGUAAUACUGAAAAAGAAGGCAAAACUAUGUUAGCCUUGCAACUCUGUGAAUCCUUUCUUAUUCCACAGCUCCAGAAUGGGGAUAUGUACUGUAUCUGGGAGUUGAUUUUCAUAUGGAGCAAACUACAGCUUAAAUCUCAUCCUUCCAAACAAGUUUUUGUAGAUCAGUGCUACCAGCUUUUAAGAACAGCAACUAAUGUGAGAGUCAUAUUUCCUUUCAUGAAAAUCAUUAAAGAUGAGGUUGAAGAAGAAGGCUUGCAAAUUUGUGUGGAAAUAUGUGGUUGUGCUCUGCAACUCGACCUUCAUGAUGACCCCAAAACGAAAUGUCUGAUUUAUAAAACAAUUGCACAUUUUUUGCCAAAUGAUUUGGAGAUCCUCAGGAUUUGUGCACUCUCAAUAUUUUUUCUGGAGCGCUCCUUAGAAGCAUAUCGUACUGUUGAAGAGCUUUACAAACGUCCAGAUGAAGAAUAUAAUGAAGGCACAAGUAGUGUUCAAAAUCGUGUUCGUUUUGAAUUACUUCCAAUUUUGAAAAAGGGAUUGUUCUUUGACCCUGAAUUUUGGAACUUUGUAAUGAUUAAGAAAAACUGUGUAGCAUUAUUGAGUGAUAAAUCAGCAGUUAGAUUUCUAAGCGAAAGCACACUGGAAAAUAAUGCAGGUAAUCUAAAAAGGACAGUGGAACAGCAAGGAUUGGAUGAAGGGUUUGACUCUCUUACAGAUCAGAGCACUGGAGAGACUGAUCCUGAUGAUGCAUCUGGAGUGCUGCCUAAAGGUCAAAUCAAUACGAAGAAAAACCUUACAGCUCUUAAUACUUCCAGAGUAGAUCACAAUGUCCCAAGGCAUCGUUGUAUGUUAUGUAACAAGGAAUUUCUAGGUGGUCACAUUGUAAGGCAUGCCCAGGCUCAUCAGAAAAAAGGCAGUUUUGCAUGUGUAAUAUGUGGUAGGAAAUUUAGAAACAGAGGACUUAUGCAGAAGCAUUUAAAGAAUCAUGUUAAGAAGAUACAGAGACAGCAAAUUGCUGCAGCUCAACAGGAUGAUCAGGAAGUCACUGCUUUGGAAGAAAUAAAUUGUUCUUCCAUUUCAUUUGAAAAUGGGAAUUCUGAUAGGAAGGAUUUGGCAGUAGAGACUCUUACUUCUUCUAGUGACGGAAACAAGGAAGUCACCCCUGAGCAUGUGGCUGAACUCAUUGAAAUUCCCAUAAGUGUACCAGAAGAUGUUAUUGAAAAUGGCAGUCCUGAUACUUCUUUAAAUAAUGUCUUGAAGCCUUUACCUGAAUGUGGGGAUGAUUAUGAGGAGGAAGAGGAUGAAGAAGGUGAUUAUGAAGAAGAUGAUUAUGACCUGAAUCAAGAAACUUCAAUAAUUCAUAAAAUCAAUGGAAUUGUGUGCCAUCCAAAGGACAUAUAUGCCACAGAUCAAGAAGGAAACUUUAAGUGCCCUGCUCUUGGCUGUGUCCGAAUAUUUAAAAGAAUUGGAUUUCUAAAUAAACAUGCAAUGACCGUACAUCCAACUGAUUUAAAUGUGCGACAAACAGUAAUGAAGUGGAGCAAAGGAAAAUGCAAAUAUUGUCAAAGGCAGUUUGAAGAUUCUCAGCAUUUCAUAGACCACCUUAAUAGACAUAGCUAUCCAAAUGUGUAUUUUUGUUUGCAUUUUAAUUGCAAUGAGUCAUUUAAGCUGCCAUUCCAGCUUGCCCAGCAUAUAAAAAGUCACAGGAUAUUUCAAGCUCAGUGUAGUUUCCCAGAAUGCCAUGAGCUUUUUGAAGAUCUUCCUCUGCUAUAUGAACAUGAAGCUCAGCACUAUUUAAGUAAAACACCAGAAUCAUCUGCACAACCAAGUGAAACAAUUCUUUGGGAUGUUCAUACAGACUCAGAUCCUAUUCAUCAGGAAAAAGACUCAUCUAGUAAUGAGAAACAAACUAUUAGUCUGCCAGUUUCUACUAGCAAAUCAAGGAAAGAUUCUACAGAACCAAAGACAUGUAUAGAAAGUAUGGAAAAGAAAACAGACAGUUUAGUUCAGAAUGGAAAUGAACGUUCUGAUGACACUGUUUCAAAUAUAAGCUUGAUAGACCAAAAGAUGCCUGACAUAGAGCCAAAUUCUGAAAAUAAUUGUAGUAGUAGUGAUUUAGUCAAUGGACACAGUGAAGUAGAGCAAACACCUUUAGUUUCGUCAAAUCCUGCUUUGAAAAUGGAUACAAACAGAAUCAGGACAGAAAAUGGUUCCGUUUUACCCAGUGUUGUACCACAAGAACACAAUACCUUGCCAGUAUCUCAGGCACCUUCCAAACCAAAUUUGACAAGUGAACAUACUUCGUAUGGCUUAAUUUUAACAAAACCAUACGUCAGACCAUUGCCUCCCAGUUACCUUGAUGAACGGUAUCUCAGUAUGCCAAAACGCAGAAAAUUUCUGACUGAUAGAGUAGAUGCCUGUUCUGAUCAAGAUAACGUGUAUAAAAAAUCAGUGAAAAGAUUAAGAUGUGGCAAAUGCCUGACCACCUACUGUAAUGCAGAAGCACUUGAGGCUCAUCUUGCACAAAAGAAAUGUCAGACACUCUUUGGAUUUGAUUCAGAUGAUGAAAGUGCCUGAUAAAAAUGUUUCAGAAAGAUCUGCCAAUCAAGCAGUAGUGUGAAAAAAGCACUAUAAGAAAAUGCAUCAUCAGUUUGCUAUUUCCCUGAUGGCCUUAAUUUUAGAGUGGUCUCGGAUUACUAAAGAUAAAGACAAAGCACAUUUUCUAGAAUGAACUCACAGAGGAGAUGUGCUGGCUUAGACUCCAAAAGGGUUAUUAUAAAACUCCCAAAGUACCAGUUUUCCAGAAAGCCACAUUUUUAAAAAGUUUAUGAUUAAUAGCAGCAGCAUGUUCAGUUUCGCUUAUAUGAGAAACAUGCUUAGGCAACUAAUCAGAAAACCAGCUAUGGCCUUACAGAAAGGGAGAAGUUAACCCAUUAUGAAAAAGUGUGUGUGGGGAAGGGGGGUGAUUUACAAUAAUAAACAAUUUAAAGUCUUAUUCUACAAAUGGGGUUUGUUUUCUUGUCAUGCAUAAUCAGAUUAUGUCCCCUCCCUCUGGUCAAACAUGGUUUAAGGAACCGCUGCUGUUUGGUUUGUGAUAUGAUUUAGAAACUUAUACAUUAACUUACCACAGUGCUAUCAAUUAAAGAUUCUAACUGGUUCCCAGAUGACUAAUUAGGUCAAAGUUCAAUGAAUGGCAUGCCAGCAUUGAAAAUUCAAAAACAAAACAAAAAAACACAGUGCUUUGCUAGUAAGCUCUUGAUAGAACCUCCCACCAACCACUUUUGUGGUAUAUGUUAGUUACAUGUAAAGGGCAGCAGUGUCGAUACUCUGGGGAGAUGAAAGGAAUCUAAGACCUUUACAGGCUUUGUAGUUGAAGGAAAACACUGAAUUGCAAAUUCUUCAAUGUGAAUAAUGGUAAAAGCACACUGGGAUAUUUCUAUUUGUAUAUAUGUUAGGACAUUGCUUGAUGAUUCAUAGUAAGGUCCUUUAGACAUUAAUGUGAGUUAUCUAAGUACAGUCCUAUUAAAACAACUGGCUCAAAAAAUCAGCUAAGAAUCAGGUUGAGAAUUCAUUCAUUUUAUUCUAUUAGGAGAGGUAAUUCCAAAAUAAGCCAUACUAUUCCUGUUUUUUAAUUCAUUAGUGAUGAGUCUGGUCUGAAUAGUAAUUUUUAUAUGUAAAAGGAAGCAUUUGCACAAGAAGAACACAAUAAAAUACAUUCAUGCAUUGUUUUCCUUGGUGAUAAGUUAUUUUCCCAGGGAAGAUUUUAACUUAAUAAAUUGUUAAAACAAUAAAUAUUUUAAAAAAGGCCCUCAGAUGUUUUCCACUUGUCCAUUAUUGAAAGGAAGAUGCUUAAAGCCUUCUUUUACCUAAUAGUGUGAAAUCUAAAACAGUGAUAAAAAGCCAAACUGUUUCAAAGCAGAUCUACUGCUGUCCCAAUGUCAAAUAUUCCAGUUAUUCUAAAUAAUAAAAUCUUUGUUCAAGGCAGAUUAUCCCAUCAGACCCUACUAUAUUAGAGCUUCUGAAAGUGGGGAAUUUCUUCCAGGUAGCAUCUGUAUUUUAUUAGGAUUUCCAGAUCAUGAUAGAUCAGAUGAUUUUUUUUUAAUUUCCCGGCUUUUAUUAGUUUAUCAUCAACUUUCACUACUAUGCAAUGAUGGCCAUUAAGUCCAUUCCAAAUUUAAAUUUGUUUUUGUUAUGUAGCCUACAUUAGGCUGUGGAAUUUACAUUUAGGUAACUAAACACAAUUCAUAAUCAAGUUUUAAAAUCUUUUCUUUAAGGUCAGCUAAAAAAAAGGUUUUUUGUAUUUCUUGAUACUAAAAAUGUAAUGAUUUUUAUUUCAGUUCAUUCUAAAAGUAUGUCAUAUAAUAAAAAGUCUGUUUGGAAACUGGCUUAUUUGAACAGUGAAGUUUUUUUAAAUAUAAUUUCUGCUUUGUACAUUUUCCAGAAGUUUAACUUAAUAUUUUAUCACAUUUUUUACAAGUUGUACAAUUGACAUAAAUCCAUGCCCACAAAGUAUUCCAUUUUCAUUACUUUUACUGUUCAUGCCAAGAUGUUUUAAAUAUAUUCCAUUUGUUAUUUGUCUUUGAGGUUUAUUUCUACUUUUGUGUUGCUAAGAGAAAAUUAUUUCUGAAAGAUUGAGAUCAAACUGGUUUAUAUAUAACUAAAUCAAGGAAUGUUUUAUAAAAUUCUAUUUGACCACACUGUUCUAACCUCGGUUUAUAUACUUCUCAAAUAGCUAUUGAAAGAAUGUGUUCAUUUUAUUUUGUGUCUUUUAAAACAUAAACCUACAUCAUUUUGCUUUUAUAGAGUGCAUAAACUUCCAAGGGUUCUAAUUUGAGCUUCAGAAAAAAAGGAAGUUUGCUUCUUAUUCCUCAGAUUCUUCUCCUUUUCUUCUCCUGUUUUGAGGAUGUAUUCAUCCUACAUGGACCAAGUUUCAAAUCUUUGUUUUUAAAUAAAAAUUUCCUUCAAAAAAAUUAAAUGUUAAAUUUCCGCUGUGUGUCAGUAAGGUCAAGAAGACAGCAAAUCUGAAUUUUUGCUGCUCAGAUAUUAUGAGGAGGCAAAAAGGGGAAUUUCCGUGGACAAGGACACUGGUACUUUGGGCUUUAGCCAUAUUCAUUUUUCCAAAACCACCAAUUAUAUAAUACGUAAGUAAUUUGUAUCAUUGAACUUGUGAUUCUUUUCAAAUCACACUGAAGGUUCAGCUGUACUCCUUUCAUGUUCCGUUUAAUACUGUUGUAUGGAUGAAAAACCUAAAAGGGAUGAUAGUGUUUAUUUUUUAAUUUAUUUGGUACUGUAAAACACCUUUUCAGAAUGAGUAAAAUGCUGCAUAUGCAUUUUGGAAUUGUUAAUAUGUGAAAGAUAUUACAGAUUCAGCAAGAAAGGAAAUUUGUGCUUCCUUGUUGAACAUUAAAUUAUUUUACUUUGCAUUUUAUAAGAGUACAAAUUAAAACUGAGCCAUUGAACUGCAAUAAAUCAACAAUAGUGUCUCAUUUCAAGAAAUUUUUUGUACUGUACAUAGAUUUGUUCAAUAAAACAUUGUCCUUGUUGGUAA